AUGUAUGGUUCUUCGGAUCCGAAUGAGACAUUCGUACCUUUCGCACUCAUGAUCGAUCAGUCAGCGGUCCAUGCUAGGCGUCUCCGAUCCAAGUUAGACGCAGAAAUCCAGUUGACAGAUCAGAGCAGUGCCAAAUUUCCGGAGCUGCCCUUCAUCUCUGGUUUUCUCCAUGAUGCUCUAAACUUCCUGCCCGGUCGUAAAUUUAUUCCAAACUAUUUUGGGCUUAUUGAUCUACUUAGCUAUGAACUUCACAGCACUUCUCGCUUUUCUUUUAUCACUGCUAACCCUCGGUGCCGGGCGUAUUGCAAGUCGAGCAGAAAACUAAUGAAUGUUUUUUUUCGAUAUUUUGGAAAAGCGGAGCAGAUGAUAUCACAAAAAGGAUUCGGAGACUUGUCGUCGGUGGUGCGAGCGAUAGACGAAAUUCAAAGACCAAGAAGACCGAAGAUGUUUGAGAGAUUCGGAGACUUGUCGUCGAUGGUGAAAACGAUGGACGGAGUUCAAUGGUCAAGGUUCGGAUGA